AUUUUAAUUACAAAAAUGUCAACAAGUGUUCCUUUAGUUGUGAGGCUUUUAGCGUCAUCUGUAUCAAUAGCUGGAAGAGCUGGAAAAAUAGUGAGAGAUGUUAUGAGCAAGGGUGAACUGGGUAUUGUAGAAAAGGGUAAAGACGAUUACCAAACAGAGGCUGAUAGAUCAGCUCAAAGAUGUAUUAUUGCAUCUUUGGCUGCACAGUAUCCAAAAAUUAAUAUCAUUGGAGAAGAAGAUAAUCCAGAAAAUGAGGGUGAAGUGUGCACUGAGUGGCUAUCAACAGAUGCUGAUAAAGAAAUAUUAUCUCUUGAAUGCCCUCCUUUCUUGCAAGGUGUAAAGGAAGAGGAUAUUGUGGUAUGGGUGGAUCCACUCGAUGGGACUUCUGAAUACACCCAAGGUGCCCUUAUGUUGAAGAGAGAUCCUUGGGAAAGAUGGAAAAUGUAUUUGAUGCACCCAUUAAUAAGUAUCAAGUGGUAUUUAAGUUUACUCCAGUCAAACUAUGGCUUCUUAGAACAUGUGACAGUACUGAUUGGUAUUUCAGUCAAUGAAAAACCAGUUGCUGGGGUAAUUCAUCAACCUUAUUACAAGAAUCUAGUAGGUAAUGAGAAAAAGACUGGUAGAACAAUUUGGGGUCUGCAGGAAGUGGGUGUGGGUGGAUUCACUCCUGCACCACCACCUUCUUCUCUUAUUAUUACAACAACCCGGAGUCAUUCUAAUCCAGUGGUAGAAAAAGCAUUGCAAGUUAUGAAUGCAGCACAAAUUCUUAGAGUUGGUGGUGCUGGGUACAAGGUUCUACAGCUGCUAGAAGGCUUGGCGUCAGUUUAUGUUUUCGCUAGUCCUGGUUGUAAGAAAUGGGAUACAUGUGCUCCUGAAGCAAUUCUCACUGCUGCUGGUGGCAAGUUAACUGAUAUUUUGGGAAACAACUAUAAAUAUGGAGCUUCUGUAUCAAGGCCCAAUAAAACUGGAGUUUUAGCUGCUGUAAAUGAUGAACUACACGACUAUGCAUUAAAUCGAAUACCGCAAGAACUAAAAGAAAAACUAGCAAAUAAAUGAAGUUGUAAUAAUAAAAGCUUUUUUAAGGACUUAUUGUAA